AUGGCUUCCCUGGGACAGAUCAUCUUUACCAGCAUGAUUAUCCUCAUCAUACUAUUCUCUACGCUCAUCAUCCUCAUCUUAGCCUUGGCGUUCACAGGUAAGAGCCCUUUGUCUGAGGGACAGAGCAGCAACAGAUCACCCAUUGCCAACCUUGGUGAGGAUGAGCUUCUCAGCUGCUAUAUUCACACAACCGGCGAAAAAAAUACAUUCAGUGAAGUGUCAGUAAUUUGGGAGAAGACGUCACUGAGUGGGGUCGUUUACGAUUAUUACAGUGGAGCUGCAGAUUUUACAGACCAGAACUUACAGUUCAAAGGAAGAACUCAACUCUUCCCUGAAGCUUUGGUCCAAGGGAACGCUUCGCUGUUGCUGAGGAGUGUAAGACAGAGUGAUGAGGGAGAGUACACCUGCCAUGUUAGCGCCGCCGAAGGUGAAGGGCAGGUCAGCAUUCAUCUGAGAACAGCAGCUUUUACAGCGCCAACAUUUACAGUCUCAAAUGGCACCCUGACUGCUGAGGCAAACAGGUGGUUCCCUAAACCAAACGUGACAUGGUUGGACUAUUUUGGGAAGGUCCUACAGGGGAGCACGAGUUUCAUGCAAAACUCUGCAGGGAUAUGCAGCAUAGUGAGCAGGCUGCAACCAUUCAAUAUCAGCGACACUUACACCCUCAGGAUUCAAAAUGACUUGGUGACUGCAGUCUCUGAAGCAACAUGGGAGAUGAAGACCUCGCUGACAGAGGCUUCUGCCAGACAUUCCCAGUUCACCCUCACACCUGCCCAACAACUCUCACCCAAGGUGGUGAGCCCACAGGGUGGUGACUUCAUGUCAGUUCUGGGACCAGCCACCAUAUACUGGCCAGGCCUGGCUCUCAGUCUCCCUCGUCUGGUCCAAAUUCCCCCAUUCCUGAAGGGCUGCUUCAUAUGGGUCAAUGAAUCAUUCUUACUCUGGACCCUCACAUGCAACCAUUUUGCCCCCAGCAUGUAUCUGUGA